AGAUAUAUUGUUACUAAUGAUUUGUGCCAUUAAUGCGUCACCAUGGACGAAGAUUUAUUGCUUCAAGUUUUCUCUAAGGAAGAUUUAAGUUCGUUGUCACAAGAACAAAGCUCCAAGUUUGAAAAACAUUUGAAAUCCAAGCAGGAGCAUGCUGUCGCAUUGGAAGGAAAAAUACAGAAGCUCAAAGCUGACUAUGAACAAAAAUGUUACGACCUGGACAAGAAGUUGAUUGAAAGCGGAACAAGGUUGAAUAAUGAGGCCUCGAUGCUCGCAAAGUCAACUGAGCAAUGCAAGAGUCUUGAAACUGCCAAGUUGGAAUCCGAGCGUAAAUGUGAAGCGUUAGAGCAAGAGGUUCACGAAGCCAGGAUGAAAAUAACUUCGUUGAAACGAAUAACGGAGGGAUGGGAUGAAGAGCGGAUGAAUCUGCAACAUGUGAUUGAAAAAAGAGAUUUGGAAAUUACAAGAUUAAAUGACGAAUGGAAAACACUUUCUGACAGAAUGAGUGAAGCCAUUUCAGUGAAGAAUGAAUUGCAGAUAAAACUUGAUGAAUUAUCAAGUUCAAAUGUCACCGAGCAUUAUCAUUCGAAGAGGGUGGAACAAGAAAACGAACUUUUAACGAGCGAGAAUCAACUUAUUAACCAACAGUUGACCGAGAAAAAUAAUGAACUGCUUGCUUUGAGGAAAGAAAAAGGCGAUGAAAUAGUAUCGCUGCAGGGAAGAUUGGAGAUGAACAGAAACGAAAAUCAUCAACUUAAACAAAUUGUUACUAAUCUUAAAACCAAUGAAACUACAAUGUCCGACAAACUCAAUAAGAUGCUCGAAAAAUCCACCAAGGCAGACGAGGAUCACCGAUCCAUGGAAGAACUUCAUCGUUGUGAACUUCAAUCCCAAACACGCUUAGCUGAGUUGUAUAAGUCGUCCGCUGAAGAUGGGGAGAGGAAGGCAGAGGAAUUGUUGUCCGCUGUUGAAGAAUUGCAAAGUAUCGUCAAAUCAGAAGCAGAAAGAAAUGAUGUUUUGCAAGCAAAGUUGAACGAAAUAGAAACCCAAAACACAGAACAGACCAUUCAAAUAGAACGAUUGAAGAAAGAAUUAGAAACAGCGAAUGAUAUGAUCACUGCCAGCAAACGAAGAGAAUUAAGUCACGAUGAGUUAGCGGAGAUGUGCCCAACCGCUGCGAUGACGAGCAAGUUUAUUAAAUCUGGGAUGACACUGACACAGAUAUAUUCACAAUAUGUUGAACAAUCUGAUGAACUUGAGGUUGUAAAGGAGGAAAAUAAAAGAUUGAACGAAGCCAUGGAUUCUAUAUUAGAGGAAUUGAACGCGAAGGCUCCAAUAUUGAAACGUCAGCGCGAGGAUUAUGAGCGUGCCCUCACAACUAUCAACCAACUGACCUCGCAAACCGAUGAAGCAGCCAUGGAGUUCCACCAGUUGAGACAAGACGCUGACGAUGCAAAACGUAAAGCUGGUCAUCUGACUCGGGAGAAUCAACGUUAUAAUAAAGAGACAGCCGAUCUUUCAAAACAAGUUCGUUACUUGCUUAAAGAGGUAGAAGAAUUGCGAGGAAGAAGAGUCAACAUGUCUCCUCAGAAGAUCGGAGAUAAAUCGCUCCUUGUCGUGAAUGAAGAUGGAUCGUGUAACGAUGUCAGCAGCUCUUCCGAACUUAUAUCGCAAACUCUCGUCACUUUCAAGGACAUCGGAGAACUCCAGGAGCAAAACAAGAAGCUGCUGAAAGUGAUCCGGGAGCUGAGUGAUAAACAGGAGGAGGCGGAGGUGGAGGGGAUCGAUGUGAGGAGCAGGGAGCUUCAGGAGGAACUGGAGGUUGUAAAAGACGAGUUGAUGCAUUUGAAGGAGGACCGAACACGACAGUCGUUGUUGGUGGAAGGGAUUGUUAGACAAAGAGAUAUGUAUCGCGUGUUGCUUGCACAAAACCCACAAAGUGGAUUGCCCCCUAGUGUUCUCGCAAGCCCCUCGCUCCUCGUUGACCAAUCCAUGAUGAACGCAACAUCCAUCUCCACCCCUGCUACUCCAGGGAAGCCAACCACCCCCCAUGAGACUGGAUCCCCACAAACCACCAAGAAAGCUUUGCUUCAACUUCAAGAUGAAUACGCCGAAUAUAAAGUAGAUGUCAUCAAGAAUAAUAAGGUGUAUGAAGACAAGCAGGAAGACCUUCAAGCUAAAUUAUCCGAAGUCCGAAUAUCCAACGGUAAACUGGAGGCACAGGUGGAGUUUUCCAAGGAGAGAUACGAGAUGGUUAAAAAGAAUGAAGAAAGUUCUAAAAAGGAAUGUGAUGUUUUGCGUGAAAAGAACAAACAACUAUACAGCGCCAUGCAACAACAUGAACGUACGAUAAGUAACCUUAACAUGGAGUUGCAUUCGGCGCAAGAACUCACCAUUAAAUAUCAGUCGAGAUGCGACUCCAUUAAGAGUCAGCUUGACAUCAGCAAGAGAUGCGAGGAUCGGUUGAACGCGGAGAACCAAUCACUACAAAGAGAGCAAAGCAACUUAUCUAUGUUGUUGAGCAACUUGCAGAAGAUGCAGCAAAGCAUGGAAGGACAAGCGUUUGAAGUCCGAUCACAACUCCACAGUCGAUUGGAAUCUCAGGAUCGGGAGUUGAUUGUUUUGAAACAAAGGGUUAAUGAUGUCACACAGGAGAAACAAGAUGCUGUACAGAGCAUAGAGAAACAACUGCAGGUGUUGCAAAAGGCGCUCGAAAAUGAGAAGAUGAAUUCAAACAAGUUAUCGGAAGAUUUGAAACAAACGAAACUUGACCUUGAAACUUUGGAUCAGGAUAAAAUGGAAGCUGAGACCAAGUUACAAAUUGUUGAGGAGAGGCUUGCUAGUUUGGGGGGAGAGGACACAGAUGAGGACACUACAUCACUCCUCCAGCUGCGUAGAGAGAUCAAACAAAAGUCGGACGAGAUCAUCAACCUCACCACACGACUGGAGAAAGCUCGUCGUCACGCCGACCAUUAUAAAGAGGUGGCAUCGGCUUCCGAAGAUUCACUCAGACAAGCUGCUUCAUCCAACAAGGAGCUGAUGACCACACUUGAAACUCGACUGCAACAAUCAAACGAACAACAAACCAAACUUGAACAGGACUUAGCCAAGCUACAAGAAGAACACCAAUCGCUAAAGAUGGAGAAAUAUACAAUGACUGGCGAAGUAGAGCGCCAAACAGCAGACCUCCGCAAGCAACUCGUAUCCGUGCAAUCAGAGUUUGAAUCUUCCAUGCGAAGAACAACGGAGGCGAUCACCAAUGAACGGAUCGCUCGUGAGGAUAGAAGCCAACAGGUGGCGAAAGCAGAAGAAGCAAACGAUAACUAUCAACGUGAGAUGAUCCUUCAUUCAAACGCCAUGAAAGAACUGAUUCAGAUCAAAGAGAAAUUGAAAUCGAGCGAUGCCGAGCAUCAAAAACUUCGGUUGGAAUUAUCGGCAGCUGAGAAUUCAUUGAAAGAUAAAGAGGAAAGUUGGAAGUGUGUGGAGGAGAAACUACAAAGUGAAAACCAACAACAAGUUGUCAGAGUACAAGAAAUUGAGAAACAAAACGAAACACUUCACGCACAAAUACAAACCAUGAGUGGCCAGUUGGUGGAGCUACAGAGCAAGGUGUCAAAAACAUUAAGUCCCCAAAAACUUUACCCCUCUCGCGACCCAGUGGCUGCGGCAGAAGGUGGGGGGGCUGGAUCGUCCAACCAACAGCUGCUCGAUGUGAUCAAGUUCUUGAGGAGAGAGAAGGAAAUUUCGGACACUAAGUGUGAAUUGGUCCAAGCAGAAGUGGUAAGAUGCAAACACCAGCUGCAACAUGCAGAUGAACAAAUGAAACAACUACAAACACAACUCUCUGAUCAACAACUUAAAGUUGAGGAACAAUCAUCUAAACUAUCGGAGCACGAAUCGUUGAAACGCGAGAUCUCCCAUCUGAGGUCGGUGGAAGAGAGGAACAAGCUGUUACAGGAGGAGAGGGAUCAACUUGAUGUUGAUCUUCGAUCAACCAAUACCAGGUUGUCAGGUCUACAAGCCGAUCUUGCCCCACUGCAAACCAAGAAUCGAGAAUUAUCGGCUCAUUGUGCCGCACUACAGACUGAGAAGAAAGCUUACGCUGACGACGUCACACGAUGGAAGGAGAGAGUCCAGCAGAUGACGCAAUCACCACGACGACAAGAUCCUGAGGAAUAUCGGAGGUUGAUCAACGAGAAAACAACGCUGGCCAAAAAUCUUGAGACAAUGAACACGGAACUAACAGAGCUUAAAUCCGAGUGUUCUGCAUUGAAAGGUCAAAUACGCAACUUACAAACCAACCUUCAAACGACUAAAUUGAACUCGACAACCUUGGAAGGACAAGUUGCUUCGAAGGAGGACGAGAUUAAGAAUCUCAAAGAAUCCGCUGAAAAACAACUGCAAACCAUGAGCAAGAUACGAAAAGUUGGAAGGAAAUUUAAACUUCAAUACGAGGAAUUGCUCGCCAAGCAGCAGAAGAUGGAUGCGGAGGCAAAAGCUGCUGGUGAUGCGGUUGCCGUGGCAGCGGAAGAUUCGGAUGCUGUGAAGAGAGCAGAGGAGAGAUGCUCCAAAGCUGAGGAAGAUAAGAUGAAAAUAGAGGAAGAGGUUGGGAGGUUGAGGGAGGAGAACCAACUAUUGAAGUCAAAGCAAGAAGAAGUUGAGAAAAACGUUUUGAAAACUGACGAUGAAUCGAAAGGUUUGUCGACGGAAAACGAAGGAUUGAAGAACGAAGUGGAAAGUUUGAAGGUGGCCUUGGAUGAGAAAAAGAAGCAAGUGGAUGAAAUAUUAGAAAAGGAGAAACGCUUCAGCACUUUGUUAAGUUUGGCAAAGUCACAAAUAGAAAAGUUGAGAAAGGAUAAUCAGGAAUCAAACAAAGAAAGGGAGCGACUGAAUAAUGAGCUGAAGAAAAUGGAAGCUGAUCGAAAAACGGAGGCGGAUCAACGAACUGAACUUCAAAAUAAGAUAGAGGAAUUACAGCGGCAACUACUGGAGGGUAGACAUCCACCACAAGUACCUGAGAUUCGUAAAACAAGGUCGACCACGCAGCGGCAACGUGUCAACCAAGUCACCCCGAUGCGCGUUACACGGACCGCGCGUGUGAUGCCCGAGCCACAACAAGAGGCACAGGAUGUGGAAAGACCAGUUGUGGUAUCCAGUGUUCCACAAGCAGCAUCAUCUUCAACGCAAGCUGUUGUCUCCCAACCAUCUGUUGUAUCAGUGCCAGUUGCUCCAGCAAUCAGUCACGCCACUGCGUUCGUGCACCCCAUGAGCCCUGCAAGGCAACAGCAUGUUGUCAGUUCCGGCAGUUCAACACUACCCACCCAACCACAGGAACAAAGGGAUCCAGGAAACGAAGGGAAUGAGAAUGAUCAAGCCAUCGUGUCUUCAUCUGAUGACCAAACCAACCAAUCUAAUGACCAGAACCAGCCACGUGUUGCUUCAUCCAGUGUCGUGGUAAGUUCCGCUUCACAAUCCGACGCUCCAUCGUCCACGGGCCCCCAUAAUGUAGCAACCACAGGGGCCACAAGUAGCACCGGAGUCUCGCUCAACAACCCAACAGCAAGGCCUUUCCAUAACCAAGGACAGAAGAGAAGUCAUGAUCACGUUGAAGAUGUUGCUCCUUCUUUAACAUCCAGAACAUCAACUCUUCCAGGCAGCAGCAGGGAGGCACAGGUGGCAGUAGCACCGUUGCCGAAACGACAACGGGGAAGUCCCGACCAAUCGAGCGAGAGCGUUUCCACGGUGACGGUCGAACAACACGAUUCUGAGAGCUUGAUCAGUGAUGCACGACAACCCGACCAAUCACAACAGAACGAUGUUUCGGAAAAUUUGGAUGUUGAAAAUAAUGUUCAAGAUGAAAAUGACCUGGAUGAUUACCCCCAAGAUGACGACGACGACACGGAGUCUUCCCUCCAAGUUGCGAGUUCAUCCACCCGUCAACAAGAAGUCGCGACGUCCUCCCUUGAUCCUGGUGAUGCGGAGGAAAUGAUCGUUAUUUCCAGUGAGGAAGAAAACUCGGAAACCGAUUUCGAAGAUCAGCCGGAUGAAGAGAUGGCGAAUGAAGAAGUUGAUGUUGAGGCAGAGGAUCAACCGGAUGAGGAAGAUGGGGAUGAAAGUAAAGAUGUUUAUGAUGGCGAUACAAUUCCAGCGAUCACAGUAUCCAACAUAUCCAGCGUCGAGCAACCGACUUUCCCGUCAUCGAGUCUACCGUUCCUCGUUAUUCAACCGGAGCCAUCAGUUAGACCUCGGAUACCAAGCCGACCUGGACCUGCACCAUUGACACCUGGAAUUGUGAUGCCUUCUAUCACAGAGGAUGGAGACGGUAUUGUCCCGUGUACCCCCACCUUAAUAACCCAUCGUCACGACGAAGGUUACCAUGCGAUCAGCUCUCCCCGUGUACCCCAUGCAGGGGGGCAACCCAUACGUUUCCGAUUUGAAGAUCUUUCAUCUGGGAAUCUAUUCGAACCUGUCCCUGGAGGUGUAGGAACAGUGGACAACACGCUGAUGGAUCUCGCUGGUGCUGGUGAAGACAACCGCAGCGUACCAACAACACCCGUCCCUCAAUCCACUGUAAUCGCACAAUCAUCUAUUAGUAAUGUAGAUACAAGUGAUUUGUUGCCUUCCACUUCAGGGAACGCAGCAGUCAGCAGUAGCAUACAAGAAGAAGAACUAGAUGUAGAAAACGACGAAUUAGAAGCAAGUAACGCACCCAGCGUUGAUAGGGCGAAUGAAUUACGAGAAGCAUCAACCAUCCCAACCAACACUAUACGUGGACGUCGACGAUUCCGUGUUAUUGGCGCUCCACGUACACGAGGUCGAGGAGCAAACUCGCCUUCGACGUCAAACCAACCUUGAAAAUCAACCAACCAACCAACAGCUACUUCCAAUGUAAAUAUUCCGCCUUGCUUGUUCUGCCAUGUAAAUAAACGACCACUUGCAUUA